GUUGUUGUUGUUAAUUGUUAAGGUUCUCCUCUCACCAUCGCUAUCUGCUCCCAUAACAACUCCGCAGCACAUGCUCAUCCGACAAUGCAGCCUCAACAACACUCCCAUAACAACAACCCAUCACCCGUCGCCCGGCCACAUCCUCUUCACGUCGUCUACUCGCCGACCAUCCCACCUCCAAAUCGAGGCACAAGAAAUUCAGAGCUAGCUCAAGGUUCAAAAAUCCCAUUGACAGCGCCAUUACCGUCGCGCACUGCCGCAGCGACGUCUCCAAAUCGAAAACGACCGACUCCGCUUGUACUUGGAAAACCAAGAGAAGCUGGUCAGGAAGACUGGGAAAUACAGCUGGAAAGACCUGUUGCGGCUUCCUCGGGUGCAAGUGACGACCAUUCCUUGGACAACGAGUUGCAAGAUUUAUCCAAGCUACGCAAAGCAGUGCGGCAAAACCUCUUGGCUCGACCGAUCGACUCCCCACUAGAACCCUCCGAUUCUGACAAGUCAGCCUUUAAUACACCUGGACAACAAUCAUCCUUCAGCUCCUCCUCUAAACCAAUGGAGAGUAUACCUAUUGAACUAGUCUUCGAUCGGGUGGAGAGCGGAAGUGUAUUGUUGGUCGACACCCGACCGCUGGCUUCCUUUCUCAAUUCCCAUCUACCAAACUCCAUCCCACUCUCGGUCCCUACUCUCUUAUCAAAACGCUUCCAAAAAUCACAGUCUCAAUCAAAUCCUUCCGCUAUAUCAUGGGCGACUCUCUCGCCUUUUGUUUCUUUACCAAGCGCUCGAGAACGAUGGGACUCGGUAGAUCAAAAUAAAGUCGAGAUUGCCGUGAUUUGUCAAGGCGAAGAGGGCAGAGUCGUGGAGGACAUCCUGAAGAGCUUGAUCAAUGACAGGACCAAAGUGGUAAAAGGUGGAUGGGCUGCAGUACUAAAUUACGAAAGAGCCAGAAGAACGCUCGUUUCCGGGCAGGCCACUACCCGCCCCUGUCUCGAUGUGGGUGUGUCAGAAACCGACAGCAAACCUCGCCCUGAACCUACAUCCAUUUUGCUCCCUCCAAAAUCAGCUCCGCCAUGCGAAAUACCUCUACCACCUAUCCCUGCAUCCCCAUCCCCAUCCUCACCAAAAUCUCUCAACCACCGUCCUUCAUUACCAUCACUUCGCCCACCUUUUGCAGGGCCUACUCGGAACCUUCCUUCACUCUCGAUUAAUGCCGGCCAAGCGAGUCAGAGACGGACUCCAAAAUUGAGUCUGAAUCUUGACAGACCGUUGAAGAGCGCUACGCUUGGUGGCUACCACGAUAUUCCUCCCACACCCCAUGGGUUUUUAUGUACGCGAACCAGGCCACAAAGGUCUCCCGGACUGUCAUUAAACAUACCCCAUACUCCUUUUCAGCCGCAACAAGGGCAGGUCCAAGACCGGAUAGUAGGAGACUCCAGAUCCAACGGGUCCGCUUCGAUACAGACCAGAGCGUACGAACAGUCGCAUUUCCCACCUUCCGCUUCGACAUUUGGCGAUGCCAAACAGAUUGAGAAUGAGGGGGAGGACAUGGCGCCUAACCAAUACGACGGACGUACGCCUCGUGCGCCGAUAUCACAUAGUCCCAGGAAAAGUCAAGAAUACCAAGCGGCCCGAUUCUAUUCUUCUCCACCUUCCAUGAACGGCGCCCUACCCUCUUCCCCGCCUACAAUCCGCACAGCUGUUGCACCUUUCAACCCUUCCGUCAUCCUUCCAUCUUUCCUCUACCUCGGUCCUGACAUCCAAUCCGAAUCUGAUGUUCAAUAUCUUCUCCGGUUAGGUGUGAAGCGGAUAUUGAAUGUCGCGUUGGAGUGCGAUGAUAAUCAGGGAUUGAGCUUGAAAGAGAGGUUCAAGUAUAGAAAAGUGGGUAUGCGAGAUAUCGUGGAAGAGAAUGGGGUUGGGAAGGGCAUGAGAGAUGCUUGCGAAUUCUUGGAUGACGCUCGCCUUCACUCUGCACCUACCUACGUCCAUUGCCAAGCUGGCAAAUCACGUUCCGUCACAAUCAUCCUCGCUUAUCUUAUCCAUGCCAACGCAUGGACUCUCAAAACAUCCUAUGCUUAUGUCGCAGAACGGCGAAAGGGGAUUAGCCCGAAUAUCGGUUUUGUCGCCGAGCUGAUGCAGUGGGAAGAGACUGAAUUGGGAGUCAAGCAGAGUGGAGGCGUGCAUGGGGAUGGGAAUGGGAGGGCUAAAACCGCAGGUUGUGGGGGCGGUGGUGGUAGUUCAAGGCACAAGGAAGAUGGAGAUGAUGAUGAGGGAAGAGCCAAGACUCAUCUUCGAGAUAGUUUACCGCCUACCUGGUCGAGUAGUGUGGAUACUUAUACCCGCCCAGCCAAGGUAUACUCCCCAGUGGGCGGGGAUGAUGGUGGUGAAGAAGAAGGUGGAAGGGAAGGAAGGAUCGCAGUGGGUGAUGAAAGGGAAGUGAGAAAAAAUGGCGUCUGGGUGCAUCAUCGGAGAGCACCUGUGGAUCGAACCACCCUUCAACCCGGCCGACGAGUCUCCAAAGCCGGUCUCGAAUCUCUUCAACCAUUCCUCAUUACCUCUGCCGAUCCUUCUUCCCCUUCCGCCGCACCUAAUAAUGGUGACAAUAUUGAUAAUGAACAUCAACUCAAUAAUAAUAAUGACUCAGAAACGAGACCGUCACCUAGGGCCAUCUCGGGGAUGGGUAUGAGAGGGCAUGCGAUGACGCCUGCAGGGGAUGGACCUUUGAGGUGGAUAUAAAUCUCUGAUGAUGCAGUAGAUGGGCGAGAAGGCCAGAGGGGGUGAUGAUCUUUUGUGACGUUUUAACGAGCGAUUGCGCUUCUACUACCUACUGGUUGCAUAAUUUAAGGGUUGCUCAUGGACAGUACUGUAUAGAUAUAAUUUGUCGUUUAUGUAUAUGUAUAUUUCUUCUUGCCUAACUUUAUAGCCUAAG